UGAAUCGGUUACGCGCAACGGUGCUGGCGGCGAUCGCAACGUUGGGCAGCUGCAGCGUGCACAUGGGACCGGUCCCUGGGACGACCGCGGCAAUCGGGCGACGAUUCAGCGACGGCGGUAACGGCGACGCGCGGCUGUGGUCGUCGACCGACUGGUACCGGGCCACGGCGGACGGAUGCGGGACGGACGGGUGGCCGCAGUGCGUGGCCCGCAAGGUGGCCAGGACGAUGCGGAUGCUGGAAGACGCGGAUCACUUGCAGAUAGCGGACGGAGUACGGCUGGUCAAGACCGGCAAAACGACGACGACAGACCGUUCGGCAAGGAAUUAUUCUUCUGAUAUCAUGGACAGAAUGAUUUCAUUCGUGGAAAGUCAUUCGUUGCAAAUCGAUCUUUGGAUACCGGACAAUAACGCCACCGUCGAAGGUCGCAGACGACACGCUUACCGGAAGGUGUUCCCGAUCAUAGUGGGCACGUACAUGAUCAUGUCGGCCGUUCUAAUACCGAUGGGCUUUAUGUUCAUGUCGACGUUGGGCGGUAAAGCGCUGUUGGUCAGCAAAAUGGCACUGAUGGUGUCGCUGAUGAGCAACAUCAAAAAAAUAUUCUCGUACGAGUACUACGUGCCACCCGCGCCGCCACCGGCCAGUCAUCACCAAUGGAAGAGGACGCUGCUCGCGCAUCGCACCACCGCGGGUCCGCUGUACUCAUCCUACACCGCGUACUAAUCCAUCCGUGAUUAGCACGAACAAACAUUAAACGAGUAGGAGGUACAUUUUAUAACCGGGGACGAACGCAGGAAAAAUGUUCAGGAAAUAUGUAGAAUGCAAAAUGCUGAUAAAAAGCAUGCUUUAUUACUCAUAUGAUAUAUGUAUUAAUUUAUUUUUUUUAUUUAUUUUUUUUUCAAGUAUCACGGGAGACUUUGAAAUAACUAUUAAAUUUAUAGGUCAGCUAAUUUUUUAUACAAUUUUUUCUGAUAUUUUUGGGUGGGGAGGGGAGGGAACUCCUAACUCUCCCCUAACCUAACCUAACCUGUAGUGUUAUAGAGAUUCAUUUUAUCGUACAAUAGUAUCGUUUAAUCUGUAACGUUUGAUUUAUUAUUGUUUAAAACCAAAAAUCACAUUAUUAUUCUCGUCAAAUUUAUUUAUAGGUCUAUUAAAUACGUAUCAUUAAAUUCAAGCAAUAUUAUUAACCUCGUAUUAGAUAUUAGACAUGUACAAUCAGAAUGUAGGAAUUACAGAAAAUUAAUUAUGAAAUCGUGACAAUGGCUCUAACGAUAAGAUACAUUUUCUUUUUUAAUUAAAGUGUCUGUGUUAAAAACAAACAUAACAGUAUGGCGAAUAUAGAUUAAUAACAAUAACAAAAGCGGAAAGGGGCAAUUAUGUAUCAAUUUAUUUAUUUAUUUAUACAAAUCAGUACGACCGUUUGACUAGGUAUACUCAAAUAUUUUGAAAAUAAUGAAAAUAAGUAAUCAUUUAAACGCAAUAUAUUAUAUUACAACAAAAUAUACCCAUAACCUUUGAAGUAUUUACCAAAAAACUUUCAUUUUUUAUUUCUCAAAGUUACAAAAUAUAUUUUCUGUUUUCUUGACAACUAUACAUUUUCGUGAGUCCACUAAAAAAUGUUUUCAUUGCAUAUAUGUGCACAUGAUAUC